AACACUAUCUAUCUAUCUAUCCGAUUAUCUAUUUGUGUAUAUCUCUAAUGAAACUCUAAUAAAGGCCGAUGCUAUGGCAGUCGCAUUUAAAUACACGUCGGCAUAUCGAUUUGAUGAGCUGUUACAGCCCAAGACUGUUCAGUCUUUAUGCAAACCUAGAACUGCAUGUACAUUUGUUUUCGCGAACCGAAUACUUUACUUAUUAUUUUAAAAUUGACAAAGAGAUAAUACUUGUGAACGCAUUAUAAAUUACGCGAAUAACAUAAAUAAUACAUCAAUAAGUAGCAAAUUUUGCUGUUUAAAUCCAAGUAUGCCCGUGCAACUGUAUUACUUGCCUCCGAGUCCACCUUGCCGAGCUGUCAUGCUCGUGGCAGAGGCAAUUGGGCUCGAAAUGGAGUUGAUAGUGUUGAACACAAUGGCUGGUGAGCACUUGACACCGGAAUAUGAGCAGUUGAAUCCGCAAAAGACAAUUCCUUUCAUGGUCGACGACGAUCUCAAGCUGUCGGAAAGUCGAGCUAUCAUGGCUUAUUUGGCCGAUCAGUAUGGCCAGGAUGACACAUUAUAUCCGCGAAAUCCAGAGGCACGUGCUUUAGUUAAUCAACGAUUGUACUUCGAUCUUGGCAGUCUUUAUGCGAGUGUAUACGGUUAUUACCUAACCGUGCUCAGAAAGGAGGCCGAUACGUAUGAUCCAGCGCAAUUUGAAAAACUAACAGAAUCGUUCCAAAUUAUGAAUAUUUUUCUCGACGGUCAAGAUUACGUGACUGGAGAUAAUUUAACGAUCGCCGAUCUUGCUUUGGUUGCCUCCGUAACCACAGCAGAGGCUUUUGGAUUCGAUUUAGGAGAAUACCAAAACGUUUCCGACUGGUUAGAGAGAGUACAAACAUCUGCACCUGGAUAUGAGAAAGCUAAUGGUGAACCUCUCGAGAUGUUCAAACAAUUUAUUCAUGGUUCGCAAGGCAACACAGAAGAAGCAGAAGAAGAAGGGGAAGGAGAAGAAGAAGGAGAAGAAGGAGGAGAAGGAGGAGAAGAAGAAGGAGAAGAAGAAAAUGAAUAAUAUAUCUAAAUACAUUAAAUUGUUUCAAUUUUCAAGCUGGAACAUAUUAAAUAGAUGAAACAUUUGUGUAUGAUGCCAGCAAUUAAAUCUCAAUCAAAUAAGUAUAUAAUUUUGUGUGUGUGUAUAUGUAAAAAAAAAUUGUCUAUUAUAUAAAGUUUUUAUCAAAACUCAUAUUUAAAAUAAUUAUACGUUGUUUCUUUAGAUAUCUUUUAGACGGUUUUAUGAUAUAUUUUAUUAGAUUUCUGUAUUUUCUGCAUAUACUCUAUAGACAUAAAAGUAAGAAUAUAAGCAAAUGAGAAAGUAAUACCUGUAAGCACAGCAUAAGAAAAAU